GGGAGAGUUUCUCGUUUGAACAUCGAAGGAUUUAAGCUUCCAAUUUCCCAAUUUCUAGGGUUUCAUUCUCGCAAAUUCCAAUCCAUUCCUUCCUUCGGAUAGGUAACAAUUCUACCCCCUGGCUUGCUGCUAUUCUCGUAGGAUUAAGGAUUUUCAAUUUUCCCAAGAAUUCACAAUGGUGGUCAGAUUCUGGAUUUGUGUUUAUUUGCCCUAAUUUCGUGAUUUCGUAUCUGUGAAAUUGUAAAACUUGUGAGAGAAUGGAAAGGGGGAAAAUGACUUCAGACCAGGUCGUUGCUGAAUUGAUUGGCAUGGGUUUUGAGUUUGACGAUGUAAAAGAAGCCAUUAAGGCCGUAGGUCCAUCUUUGGAUGACGCAGUUGAGUUUAUCUUAAAUGGUUGUUGUAGAAAGAGUAGAAAUGUAUUGGGUAGUUCUACAAGUUCUCUGGGUGGCAGCACAAGCAGCAAGAAAUCUGCUGGUAAAAUGCGGCAGUUAAGCAUCAUUGAGCACUUACAAUGUGGACGUAAACCUAAUAAAAGUAGCAAGUUCACCAAUGAACCUCACUUAGUCAUGCCUAGCUCAGUGAGAUUGCUUGGGACUGCAUUAGGAUCAAAAGAAUCUCUUCCAGAGACUUCGAAUGCAAUAAUACCAUGUUACAAAGAUGAAGAUGACAUUGGUCGGUCAGAUUGGGAAAUGGAAGUUAAAAAUAUACUAAACAAGCAUUUUGGUCAUUCAUUUUUGAAGCCUUUUCAGAAGGAAGCUCUGGCAGCUUGGAUAGCUCAUAAAGACUCGCUUGUUCUUGCAGCAACAGGAUCAGGGAAGUCUUUGUGUUUUCAGAUCCCGGCGUUAUUAACAGGGAAGGUGGUGGUUGUUAUUUCACCACUAAUAAGCUUGAUGCAUGAUCAAUGCUUGAUGCUUGCAAAACAUGGUGUGUCGGCUUGCUUCCUUGGAUCUGGUCAAAUUGAUAAGAGUGUUGAAGAGAAAGCAAUGAAUGGCAUAUAUGGAAUUAUCUAUGUCUGCCCAGAGACAGUACUGAGACUAAUAGGAUCACUUCAGAGGCUUGCAGAAAGCCGUGGAAUUGCACUGUUUGCAAUUGAUGAAGGGCAUUGUGUUUCUAAAUGGGGACAUGAUUUUCGACCUGACUACAGGCGAUUGUCCAUACUUAGAGAGAGCUUCAGUACUGAGAAUCUCAAAUUCCUAAAGUUUGACAUACCGCUUAUGGCGUUGACUGCUACUGCAACUAUUCGUGUUCGAGAUGACAUUCUCAAGUCACUUUGCAUGUCAAUGGAUUCAAAGAUCAUAGUCACUUCAUUUUUCAGGCCGAAUCUUCGUUUUUCAUAUUUUCAGGUGAAGCACAGUAGAACAUCAUCUUUAUCUUCCUAUGAGAAAGAUUUUCAUGAGUUGAUAGAGAUCUUCACAAGAAAGAAGAAAUUUGGCAAAGCACAUCAAUUAAUGUCGAAAAAUCUGGAGCAUGCACCUGACAACAUGAGCAGAACAGCAACUUGCGACAUGUUUGAACCAGACACAAUAGAUGAUGAUGAUGCCUUUUCUGAAAGUGAUAGUGAAGUAGGCAUGUCAAAUGAGUGUAGAUCUGCAAGUUCAAAGGACAAGAAAUUGUCUGUUGAAUACCUAGAAGAUGAGUGUGAUGUUUUUCAGGAUACAGAUGAUUUAGAUGUUUCUUGUGGUGAAUUCUCUGGACAAUCAACUGCCAAGAUUUUAAAUGAAUCAGAUUCAACUGAUGCAUUUGAUCUACAGAGCAGAUCGGAAGAGAGACUGAAACUUCAACUAGGACCACUAGAGGAGGGGCCAACUAUCAUAUAUGUCCCUACCAGAAAAGAAACUUUAAGUUUAGCCAAGCUUCUAUCCAGAUUUGGUGUCAAAUCUGCCGCAUAUAAUGCAAAGUUGCCCAAAGCACAUCUAAGGCAAGUGCAUAAGGAAUUUCACGACAACAUUUUACAGGUGGUGGUUGCAACAAUUGCUUUUGGGAUGGGUAUUAACAAGUUGAAUGUUCGAAGAAUUAUUCAUUAUGGAUGGCCACAGAGCUUAGAAGCAUACUAUCAGGAAGCAGGUCGAGCGGGGCGGGAUGGAAAAUUGGCAGAUUGUGCAGUUCUAUAUGCUAAUCUGACAAGAAUACCUACACUUCUGCCAAGUCAGAGGAGUGAAGAACAGACAAAACAAGCAUAUAAGAUGUUGUCUGACUGCUUCAGAUACGGAAUGCAUACAUCUUCUUGUAGAGCCAAAAUGCUUGUGGAAUAUUUUGGCCAGGAGUUUGUCCAGAAGAAGUGUUUCUUGUGUGAUAUCUGUACUAAGGGGCCUCCGGAAGCACAUAAUUUGAAGAAGGAGGUCACAAUUUUAAUGCAGGCUAUCAUAUCUCACAAUGGACAAAACAGGUUUCAAGAUGUCUCAUACAAUGACGCUAUAGAACCUGGUGUUAGUUGUAGGAGAUUUGUGGAGAAAUCAAACUUGAAGAGGCUCAUUAGCACAAUAAGAGAACAGGACUUCUCCUUCUUACAUCAAGCCGAUUAUUCCUUCAAUAUUUUUCAGCAUCACGAGUUCAUUUCAAGUGAUCUUUUGUGGUGGCAAGGUCUUGCCCGUGUUUUAGAAGAUAAAGGAUUUAUUAAGGAUGGAGAUGAUAAGGCUCAUGUUCAGAUAAAGUUUCCAGAACCAACAGAAUCAGGAUUACAACUGUUGAGAUCUGAGAACAGACCAUUUUAUGUUUAUCCAGAAGCUGAUAUGAUGCUGUCUAUGAGAAACCGCAAACCGUAUUCUAGUUUUGCAGAAUGGGGCAAAGGUUGGGCUGAUCCUGAGAUCCGCCGUCAACGGUUAAAGAGAAAGAGAGAGGGAUCAUGGAAAAGGCCAAAGGAAAGGAAGAUGGUCAAACCCGAUAUGAAAACAGUUCGAGGAAGGUUGGUUGCUAAGAUUCUAAAAAGGAGAUGACGAUUGAGGUUAGCUAUUACUAUUAACUCAAGUCUUCCUUUUCCUUUUGGGGUCCAAGCACGUCAGAUUUAGACAUGUCUUUACUCACGAUCAAAUUUAUUUUGACCAUGAAGUGUAUGGUUCUUUUCUCUUGGAAACCAAGACUUGCUCAACCUCUUGAAUUCUUGAGUUUUGAUCGGGAAAGGGAAGUUGUUGCCACCAUCCAUUCUGAGAGUAACCAACUGGGGGGUAGGUUAAUUAAGGUGACUUGAGAUUUGGCGUCCAACAUCAGAAAUCAUGAAUUCUUGUAAGAAUUCUAUUUUCUUUUUACAUUCUAUACAGCAAAGUGCUGUGGGACUGACAAGGGGAAAAAUCCACUUUUUGUCCCCAAACUUUUAGACGCACUACAUUUAGCAUAUGAAUUAAUUAUUUUUUGCCACAUUUAGUCCAAAAACGGUAAAUUGUUUAAUUUGGAUGGAGAAAGUCACGUGUUUGGCACGUGGCUGUUAAGUAAAAAUAAUUUUUCAGUCAAAAUCAACGGCCACGUCAGCAUUCUUCAUUCAAAUUGAAUAUUUUAUCCUUUUUGGACAAAAUGUGGCCUAAAAUAAUUCAUUCAUGUACUAAAUGUGGUGCGUCUAAAAGUUUGGGGACGAAAUGUGUCCCUAACUCAAAAUUUAAGGACGAAAAGUGGAUUUUUCUCGACUACAGGACGCCAAUUUCAUCCAAGUAGCCGAGUUCUCAAAUUUUAUUUGGAUGAGAAACAGGAAAGAAAUGUAGGUGAAAUCUUUCCUUGCACCAAAUAAUAUAUAGUCUAAAGACAACCUAGAUCAAGAUGUGAUCUCUUGUUUUUAGUUGCAUAGUUCAGAAAUCAGCUAGAAACAUAAAGAAUACAUGUUGUCCAAGAAAACCAGAUUUGUAGCGCUUUCUCUAUUUUGAUACUUGUAAAUUUACGUGUUUUCUAAGCUGCAAAAUGAAAGCUAAUUACCAGAAGCCUCACUCAUUUACUCUGAAAUGAAUUAGGAAAAGACAAGAAGACCAGAUAUGAAAAUUAAGAAAGUUGCCCAUAGCAAGUUAGUAGUUACCUCGCGUUAUGGCAUAGAAUCAGAGGUCCUUCCUCGGUUUCUUUGAUAAUUUAUUUUAGAUGUAGCAAAUAAAGCUCAUAAAUGGACCAUUAUGGGAAAAUUGUUGUUGCAAAAUUAGGAUUCUCAGCUUCAUUGUUCUUAUGUUUUGCACUUUUACGGAAAAAAAGGAAAAAAAAAAAAGGGAAGUGGCAAAACAAGAAAAUAACUCAAGACAAAUUAAGAACGGUGAAUGAAGCCUUGGGAGAAGCUGAGCAAGGAGAAGUAGAGUAUGAAGAAAGGCGUGAUGAUCGAAUACUUAGCCAAAUAUGCUCUCGCUACUUUGUAAAUCAAGACAAUCAAACUUUUCAAUUGGGAAGCAUUAGAGGGCAACCAAUAGAUUAAAAAAUUUCUCAUAACUAUGCAUAUUGAAUAUAAGUAUGCUAGUAAAAUAAGAAACUAACUACUUUUUAAAAAAGGAAAUAGGCCUAUAAGUUGGAACAUACAUAAAAAGAAAGUGAGCAUAUCUUUAUGGGACAGAACAAGUAACAUUUAAAAAGUAUGACGGAGAGAUAGUAACAUUUAAAAAGUAGGGUAAACAACAAAAAAGCCCCCUGUGAUUAAGCAAUCAUACAUAAAAGUUCCCUGUAAUUUCAUAUCAUACCAGUCGAUACCCCGUGAUUUGAAUUAACCUGCAAAGUGGAUGGAAAUCGUUAAAACAGACGGAGUUGAGUGAAUAGACGAAAAUACCCUUUUGAUAUAAGCGAAAAUUGCAGAAGUAAUUUUGCACUUUCAUUCUAUCGAAACCAACGAAGAGAGAGAGAAAGAAAUAGAAAACCCUAGAGAGACAUAGAGCAGCCCCUUUUCUAGCCAAUUUUCAACAAAAUUUUUGAUUGUUAUUUCAAUCAAAUAUCAAGAUCGACGCAGAAUACAAGGAAGUUAAGAUUUGCAGUAAAAAAUCAAAGAAAAAAUGGGAGUGUUGGUCGAGAGCCUUUGCCUAUAUAAACUGACCAGUCUUGGCAUAAUGAUCCACCCACGAGCAGCUUAGUGCUAUACUGGCAUAUGAAUUGUUUCAAACUUGUUAGCUAAAGAGCAACUUCAAAAUGGGUCAAGGUGGGAGUUCUGGAGGAGGAGCCAAAGGCAGUGGAGGCAACGGAGGAGGGAAAGGAAGCUCCGGUGGCGGUGGUUCAUCUAAAGGCAGCGGCAGUGUUGGUGCUGGCGGUGGAUAUAUGAAAGCGCCUGGUGGUGGUGGCUCAUACAUUUCAAGAGCCGGAUUUGAGGCAAAUCCUCGAGGAUAUUUCUCGGGUUUACGUGGCGGCCAGAAGGGCAAAUGAACUUGUAUAUUGAAUAAGAUGUUAGAAUCUAUUAAAUAAACGUCAGCUAUUUGUUGAAUUAUCAGCUUUGCAUUGAACGAUUUAUAUUGCCAGGAAUAUUUGCUUUCAAUUUUGACAUCUUUUUUAUUUUGCAAUUAUAAAAGGCAAUGCUUUGAAUUGAA